AGGAAGAGUGAAGAAGGGGCGCUCUCUUUGUCGCCUGAGUCCGGGCCCCUGGCGGGGAAAGGGUUGGAGAGCCCAGCAUGGAGUUCCAUAACAUCCUUAUGGUAGCGUCGGAACAACAGGGACAUAGCGCUGCGCCGUCCUGGAACUGGGGAUAAGUUACAGCUGCCUGGAUAGAUAUGAUUGACCUGAAUUUUGAUUGGUCCUGUCUCGGAGCAUGCAGAGCUUGAUAACCCGUCACGUUAGGAUGUCCUCCCCAUACCCAGAAAAAGAACCCUUCACGAAAAGAUAUAGUUUGGCAGUAGGCCCUCCUAAAAAGGAUCCAAAAGUUAAGGGUGUCCACUCAGCAGCAGUGCAAGCUUUCCUCAAGAGGCAAGAGGAGGAACGUAGAAAAAAAGUUCUUGAGGAAAAAAGAAGAAAAGAAGAUCUUUUAGCUAAGCGUGUGGAACUGAAACAUGACCGAAAAGCAAGAGCUAUGGCUUCCCGGACAAAGGACAACUUCCGUGGUUAUAAUGGCAUUCCUAUUGAAGAGAAACCUAAAAAGAGGCGAGGUCGUGCAAGCAGCUCUGACAGAAUCACAGAAGGAGAGAAAUGCACAUCAGGUGAUGAAUCAGAGCAAUUUGAAUAUAGUCAGACAGAAUCCGAGCAUGAGUCUGAAGAGUAUGAAGAAAGGCCAUCCAAAACAUCAGUGAAACCAAAGGCAACUCCUAAAGGUGCACCUCCACCACUGAAUUUUACAGAUCUUCUAAAGCUGGCUGAAAAGAAACAAUAUGAACCAGUUGAGAUAAAAGUUGUCAAAAAGACAGAAGAAAGACCCCUGACAGCAGAAGAACUGAAAGAGCGAGAAUACUUGGAACGGAAAAAUAGAAAAGGGAUCAUACUAAAAGAGAAGAAAGUGGAAAAAGAAAUGAAACCUGUAACAGCAUCAAAUUCUUCCAAAAAACAUUCACAGAAGGAAUUCAUAAAUACUAAACUCAGCAAGCAUUCAACAGAUAAGCAUUCCAUCUCAAAAGGAAACCUUUCCUUACAAAGUGGUAUUGAGAAGAAACACAAAGGGCCAGCAUUAAGUGAAAAGCCACCAAGACUGUUAUCUUCCAGCAAACCCAAUCACUCUGAAAAAGCAAAACCUGUACACAAAGGACCUUUAAAAAGUACAUCAAGCAGUAAUCAUAUUAAACAUCCAGUCAAUGGAGGAGGAAAAUCUGGGUCAAGCUCUCAUACCCCAAUCUUGAAGACAGCUUCUAAUGGGAUUCAGAAACAGGCACCUACUAAAGAACUUAAUCUGAAAAAAGCUACUAGUCAUUCGAAACCAACUGCUCAGCAUGAAAGUGUUAAAAAUUCCAGCAGGCAAGCAAGCAGCAGUUCAAGCACAGGAGGGCCUCUUCCACGAGCAAAGAAUAGCUUGAGUAUAGGACCAGGGCGGCCAGGCAGCAGUUCCCAUACUGGACAUGGGUUGCAAGUUACUACAGGCAAGGGACCUGGGCGAUCAGGAAGCAGCUUAGGAUCAGGACAACGAAGCAGCAGCUUAAGCGUGGGACCUGGUCGGCCAGGCAGCAGUUCAGGACCAAUGCGUAAUAGUAGUCAAAGCGUAGGACCUGGCCGGCCUAAUAGCAGCCUAAACACUGGACUGGGAAGAGGUAGCAGCUCUGGAUCUGGACCAGGCCGGCCGAGCAGCACUUCAGUUGGAACUCUGAAACCAAAGUGCACUGUUGUAUCUGAAACAAUCUCAUCUAAAAAUCUAGUUCCAAGACAAGCUAGUGGCCAGAUGAAUGGAAUGAGACCAUUUCCACCUCAAAGAUCUGGAUUCCCCUCACAAGGUUUUCCAAGACCAAAUCUCCCACCUAUUACUUAUAAAAGGCAAUAUGAAGAUGACGAAUAUGAUUCUGAAAUGGAUGACUUCAUUGAUGAUGAAGGGGAGCCCCAAGAAGAAAUCUCUAAACAUAUUAAAGAAAUAUUUGGAUAUGAUCGGAAUAGGUAUAAAGAUGAAAGUGAUUAUGCCUUGCGUUACAUGGAAAGCAGUUGGAAAGAGCAACAAAAAGAGGAAGCCAAGAGCUUGAGACUUGGGAUGCAAGAAGAUCUAGAAGAGCUUAGACGUGAAGAAGAGGAAUUAAAACGCAAGAGGCAGGCCAAGAAGCUGAGAACACGUUAAUUUGCUGCUGUUCUGGUUGCCAUAGCUCUGGUUUUCUGUUACUCUUCCAUUUCUUUCCCCUCAGUCUUCUGCUUGAUCCAAAUUUCAGCUUUAGUUUUAUUUUGCAUAUGCAAGGGUAAUAAACUGUGUAGAAAAAGGAACUGCAAAAAUAUGAUUUGUUUAGUUGCCCCCAAAUACUUAUUUUUAAAACUCACCAUGGUUUUUGUACAAAAAUAAUGCACUAAUGGAGAAGAUUAGAUGGAAUAAUGGAAAUGAAUGUUACUACUGCCUAAACAAGUCAAAGGAUUCCAGCAGACUGCUGACUAUGCAUUGGCUUGCAACAAGUGGACCCAUAGCCCAGUACGCCAGUAUGCAUUCUUCAUUUUACUUCAGAAAUGAAGAAUGUUCACGUUAUCUUCUCUUUGAAAAGAAAAUUAUGUCCUGAGACAAGAUUCUUAAAAUACCACUUUUUCUGUUCAGCUAAAGCACAGAUUUUAAAACUUAGCUGUUGGUUAUUGACAUUGAAAGCAAUAGUAACCUGUACUGUGAUUCCUGUUUAGAGAACAGAUCAACUGAAGAGUAACAUGAUAGUGAAAAUUGACAGCUUUCACUUCACAGAUGUGUCGCCCGAUCCUCUCUCCUGCAGCAUCUGCUGAGUAGUAAAUAGGCAGCAGCAUCCAGUAUGUGGCAAAGGGUCAGUGCUGGCGCCCACACACUUCCCAGUGUAAAUCCCUCCUGUCUCCUUACUAUGUUUGUUUGCUGAUGGUAGCAGUACAGGGCAGUUUCUGUUACACUUUUCAUAUGGUACUUGGUGCCUUGGAAAGCUGGGUUUCUGUUCCCAUGUGCAUUGAGUUGAAAUCUCUCUUGAGCUGGCACUUAGAGUGCAGAAGACAGAAUUGGGCUAUUAAUGUAAUUCAGAAAUUAUUUCAAUAAGAAAUGGGACCAAAAGUUUGGGUUGCCCCUUAGGACUGAAAUUUCAUUGCCAACAAUAUUGAGGCAAACGUUUAUCCUAGAACAUAUGAACUUUCAGUGUCCCAUAUAUCAUUUCUACGGCUUUGGCUUAAGUAUGUUUUAGUAAUACAGUACUCUAAAAUACAUAUAUUUUACCCCAAUUUUUCAGUAUGCAAUUUUAGACUAUGUGCAUAUUGCAUAGCAGUUCCAAAACCUGCCAACUGGUACUAGGCAUUCUCCAGCAUACAUGAUGAUUCCAUCUAUAUUAUUCUAGUUACAGGCAUCUUUUUAGCUACUGUGAAUACUUGCUUAAUAAAGCUGCUGAUUAGAUUUCCAGCAAACAAAUCUUUAUAGUUUGUGGAAGGUUACUUUUGUCUGUCUUUGAAACUUUGGUUGUACACUGACUUCAAGCUGUGCACUACAGAAUUAACUUUGCCCAUAGUAAAUGUGUUUGUGUUGCAAUGAGGAGCCAGGUCCAUUCUGUUCUGCAGAAUUGUGCACUGAGAUUUCAGCCCUAUGUCUCAUACAUUUUAUUCUUCACAUGUCUGACAGUGUCAGAGCAAAAAAAAAUCAUUACAGUUGCUCAAAACUGCCUCAAGCAGCCAUACUACAAAGAAUGGAAAUUAAGGCUAGAAGGUUGGGCAUAGUAACCUAACAUGGAGUGUUUGGCAAAGAAUAAAGACUCAUGGGCUGACAUCCAAAUAAUGCCCAUGCCUCUCAGAAUUGUCCCUGAGUGCUGUAUAACCCUCAAGGAUGUAUUUCCAGGAGGCCCAUUGGGCAUUUGAGGGAAGAUGAGAUUGGUGAAAAUCACCCUUUCCUCGUAGCACCAGCACAGCACUAGUCUAGAUGCCGGCUAUUGUGUCAGAGUUCGAAUGUUAAUAUAAAAUGUAAAUAUUGGGAAAGAAGAAUCCAGCUUUCUAAUUUGAGCAUCAAAAUGGGAAGAAGUGGAGUUCAAUUAAUGCGAGGUAAAUGGAGAUAAUAAGUUUCAUUUAUGAAAUCAUUUGGCCUUUAAAAAAUAACAUAAAUUUCUAUAGCAGUGGCAUUUCCCUCUGCAAUACUUUUCUGAAAUAAAAUAUUUGGGUGAUUGCUACAGUUACCAUGUUACUUAACAGGAACUCUUCAUUCAAAAGUUUACAGUGAUUGCUGUUCUCUCUCUCCCCACCCCCCACUCCAAUUUUGUACUUCAUCACCACAAACAAUACGUUGUCUUGGUGUAUUAGCUUAUAUGCAUACUAGAGCAGCAGAUGUAUCAAUUUGUAUGUUUGUAUGUUCAUUCAAGAUGAUGACUGUUGGAAAUAUGACCUAGUUGCUGUUCAUUUUAUAAUUAUACUAUUGGGAGAAAUCUGCCCAAAUAUCUUCAGCAAGGCUUGAAAUUGGUGAAUAAUUUUUUAAUACCAGAAUUGUGCACAGUCCAGAAUUCUCAUGAGUCUUUAACUCGCAUGCAUGUUUUAACUACUACUUGCAAGAUAAAUUCAAGACUGUAUUCUGAAGCACUUCAGUGUUACUUGUCUUGUGGAAUAUAACUGGAACAUAAUCUUUACUGCCAGUCUUCUCCACCCUCAUUCUUUAAUCAUUAAAAUUUACAUUUCAUAUAAUUUGCCAUGAUUAACCAGCAUAUUCUUGCAUUCCAGAAGUAGUCUCUCAUAACUGUAUUCUCUUUUCAGAUGUGCUGUUUACCUUAUAUUAACAUGUAUUUGUUUGCAUUUUGUGUCCAAUAAGAAAAUACCUUUUUCCUUCAUCUUAAUUAUUUCUGCAUAAAAUAUUAGUGCAAAAGGUGAAGAUAAAAUGUUUUAUUUUUUUGUGUAUUGGGCAUUAUGCUAGACUGGUGACUUCACAGAUUGUAUUAACAAACACUAACUUGGAUUUCAGACUCUGUCCAAUAGUUUGAAAAUGUGCCUUUUUUACAUAUUUAAAUAUUUCCAUGAAUGUAGGAAUAAAAGAUAAAGGGUUAAUUCUGCUAUCAAAGAUGCUCUAUUUAAACUUGAUUUUGUGAAAUAAGGUAGUUUUCAUAAAACCCUUUCAGGUGUUUCUUUGCACAACUAAAGUAAUUAGCAUAUUCUGAUAUUAAGUGACACUUAAGGGCACUUUGUAUUUAACUAAGACGUUUUGAAAUUACCUUCUAUAUAUUUUGUUAAGGCUGUACUCACUUUUUGCAUCAGUAUAUAUGAGGCCAGGGCAGUGUGUAUCACAGAGGCCCUAUUCAAUAAAUAAUCUGUAGUUUACAGGAAGUCUGUUUUAAAAAAUGUGUAAAGCCUUAUUUUUAUAUAACCCCCUCAUUUUUGUUCAGCAUAACUAGUUUUUAUUUGGAUUUUGUUUCUGUAACCUUAGUUUUCCUAUAAUUGAAAUGUAUUUCUACAUAUAUAGCAGGAGACCAAAACACACUGGAAAGAAAAUACAUUUUUGAAGAGACUGGUGAAUAAAUUGUGAUGACUGUUGAAUUUCUAUUUUGUUGAAUCAGAGUGAUAAAAUCGUUAGCAUACAACUGAGGAUGCUUCUAGAGUCCAUGUUUUGUUCUUGUGAAACUCAUUGUGUUUAACGCAAUGUGACAAAUCAGGGAAAAAUAUAAAGCAUAACUGUUUUCUGGUGCUGUCAGAAUGUACUUUUGCACAUUCAGGGUGCAGUCUGAAGCAAGUUAUGUAUAUAAUUACAAGAUAUUAAACAUUGUAUUAAAUUUUC